GGCCCCCGCGCCAGCCCCAUGGCGCUGCAGAGCUCGGGGGUGGCCCUCCGCAAGAUCCUGUCCCACUUCCCCGAGGAGCUGAGCCUGGCUUUCGCCUACGGCUCGGGGGUGUACCGCCAGGCGGGGCCCAGUUCAGGCCAGAAGGGCCUCAUGUUGGACUUUGUGUUCUCGGUGGAUGACCCUGUUGCAUGGCAUUCAAAGAACUUGCAGAAAAAUUGGAGCCAUUACUCUUUCCUAAAAGUGUUGGGGCCUAAGAUGAUCACAACUGUCCAGAAUAACUAUGGUGCUGGAGUUUACUACAACCCACUGAUCAUGUGUGAUGGUAAGCUUAUCAAAUAUGGGGUAAUUAGUACUAGUCUUUUGAUUGAAGAUCUCCUCAACUGGAAUAACUUAUAUAUUGCUGGCCGGCUCCAGAAACCGGUGAAAAUCCUAGCCAUGAACGAGAACAUCAUGCUGAGGUCAGCCCUUGAUAGAAAUCUGAAAAGCGCUGUGACCGCUGCCUUCCUCAUGCUCCCUGAAAGCUUUUCCGAAGAAGACCUCUUUCUAGAGAUCGCUGGGCUCUCCUACUCAGGUGACUUUCGGAUGGUGGUUGGAGAGGACAGGACCAAAGUGUCAAACAUCGUGAAGCCCAACAUUGCGCACUUCCGUGAGCUCUACAGUGCCAUACUGCACGAGAACCCCCAGGUGGUGUAUAAAGCCCAGCAAGGCAGACUGGAGAUAGAUAAAAGCCCAGAAGGACAGUUUACUCAGCUGAUGUCGUUGCCCAGAUCCUUACAGCAAGAGAUCAAUCAUAUUAUGCACUCUCCUGGGAAAAACAGAGAUGUGGAGGAAACUCUGUUGCAAGUCGCUCAUGAUCCUGAGUGUGGAGAGGUGGUGCGACUAGGACUCACAGCGAUCGUGAGACCAUCAAGCGUGAGACAGAGCACCAAAGGCAUUUUCACAGCUGGCCUGAGAAAAUCAGUGGUUUAUAGUUCGCGAAAACUACUUAAAAUGUGGAGAGGAUGGCUGUGGAAAACAUAGUAAUUUUUCCUGCUUUUAUAUACAAGUGUGUCCAUGAAUAAAGUGACCCUUUUUGACAGAACAGCAUUUGUUACUUUGGCCCAUUGCUUCAAUUUGAAGAUGCCCUGGUUCGAAGAAUACUUUAUUUUUAAAAUGUAUUCGUCAGAUGUCUGUCCAGAUGGGACCCAGAGACCUUGGAGGACACAUCAGAGGAGAAGAACCCCUCCUCACAUACAGAACCACCCGGGCCCUGUUCUCACAGAGGUUAGCUGUGCCCUGCAUUUCUUGGUCCAGCAGAGUCUAGACCAACUGUCAGUCGUCACCCACUGUGGACAUGCAGCCCUGGGGCGGCUGCAGGGGAAGGGUUUUUCCCAGGGACAGCUCACACGUGUCCUGUCAGUGCUUUCCGGGAUCCAGGCUUUUAUGUUUCUCUUUGUUCUCCAUGAAAGUAUGCAGCACAGUGACAUGGGGUGAGGAGCCUGGGGUAGACCGCUGGCCCAGGCUUUCCUUGUUGCAAUGGUGAGUGGUGUAGCAUAACAGGAACCCCACAAUGCCUUCAACAAAUCACCCGUUAGCUUGCAUAACCCUGGAGUUCGCAGUGUGGUUGGUCUCUGAACUGGUUGGAUUCAGCAGGUUGACAGAACCAUCAAGGACCCAGGGUCUCCAUCUUUUCUCUGUGCUCUUCACCAAUUUGGCAUCAUACAUACCAAGGCCGCUGCCCUCAGAGCCUGAGACCACUGGCACCAGCUUUGCGCUCCCCUUCCAGAUUUGGGGAGACAGAGGUUUCCUGUCAGAAGUGCUCUUGGAGAUCGUUCCCACAGCCUGCAGCAAGCCCCUGUCUGGUUUCAGUCAGUGGUAGCUGUUAUUGUUGAUAUUAUUUCCUUUGACAUGUCUUGGAGAAUCUUUUAUUUACUGCCCUAUAAAAAUAACCAGUUGACUAAAUAAAGAAAUCUCCCUGAUUUCUGGCCAGAAUUCCUUGAAACGCUGUUUCAGAAUUUACAAUCGUCUCAUGAAAAGCUUGAUUCCCAGGGCGCUUCCCUACGAAUAGAGAGCUGUGGCUUCUAAACAUUUUCCUUAAUUAGCCAAGUGACCUUGGAGAAGGCUUUGAAUUUCUGACCAAAAGCUCAUGAUCCGGUCCCAGGUCAUCUCUGCCACAAAUCAGCCAGAAGGCAUCGGGUGUCACUGAUGGGGUGGACGGUGGGGUGGCUCACUGGGCUCCCAGAGGAGCAGGCUUCUUGGUGGGGGGGGCAAGAAAAUGUGAUCAAGACCACAAACAAAACAGCCCAACACAUUGGCUGCCUCUGCCCACCGGCUUCCGUCAAGCUAGCACCGAUGAAGCUGAUACCCGACCCGAGAGCAGAGCUUCUUAGAACUCAAGACGUGGUCCUAUAGCUCCCUAGGGGCUGAGGGGUCUCCAUGGCCGUGUUAGCUCCAGCUGAAUCAUGGGUUCUCACUCUUGGAGGUACUUUGUGGCCAGUGAGCACUGCCUCCCAGGUCCCCCAAAGCUGGUGGUCACCUCAGCCACCAAAGCAUCCUCAGUGACCAGUAAGAAGCUCGGGGCUGAAUCGGUGAUGCCCUGUUUGAGAAGAUGUUCGCUGACCUGUGUGCUUCAUGGAAGAACAUUCCUGCGCUGGUCUUUCCUGCUCUGGUCUUACCCGGGGAAGGCCCACUCCCCUGAUUCCAUAGGCACAGGCCCACAUCUUCAAAGCACUUCUCACUAGUGAAGGAUUAGAAAGGAUAGGGGAAGUAACAUUUGCUGGAGGCCUGUAAACACGAGUUAGGUUAUGAAAACUGCUUCAUUUAAUCCUUACCCUACAAUGCAGAGAUGAUCUCCCUUCUCCCCUUUCUUGUUUCCUUAACCAGUGAAACUCAGGGAUACAGAGGUUAAAUGACUGGCCACAGCCGCCAUAGCUAGUACAGCUGGGGUUUGAAUUCGGUUCUCAGUCUGCUCAUGCUUCAGUUUCACAUUCGACAUUGGGCCUUGAUGCAAGCUGUGGGUAAUUCUUUCCAGGUUUAUGCAGAUGAUCUCUCAUAAUGAGUUUCAGCCAUCACUGGCCAUAGGGUUAGACCCCUGGUGUGCUUUCUUCAACACCAUUUCUAUUUCUGCUAUCAAGUGCAGCGAUAAAAAAAAAACUGCUUCCUAGAAUGAACUACUUCUGCAGAGAUGAUGCGUGACAUGUCAGCACUGAUGGCAAACUCAGAGACUAAACCUCCUCACCUUUCAAACAGAAUGAGGAGUAAUCCCAGACAGGUGGUGACUUCCAAGAUCACAUAUACUGUUGACAACCUGGACUAAAAUCUGCAUGUCUUGGCAGCUCUUCUGCCUGCCUGUAUCUAUGCAGGUGCCUCUCUUUUUUUCUCCUUUUCCUAAUAAAACUGUCCUUUUAAAAUGUUAAAUAAAUAAAUAAAUGAUGAAA